AUGACAGCAGCCGCGAAGGUAACAUCAGGAGUUGACCCGGAACCUCAGACAGGAUCCCUCAGCACGUCCAGGACCCGAAUAGAGGGACAACCCCAAAUUGGGGCAGGCAGGAGCCGACGCCUGGAUAAGAAAAGCCAGCGACAGACUCAGGUCAGGCUGAGCGGGACGGAAGGCAAACUGGAGUUUCGAGAUGAGGAGAGGGAAGGACAAGGAAGGAUGGAGCCUAACUCAGCGUCUGGCAGGGAGGAAGUAGGGGGGGACGGAAUAGGAGAAAGGAGAAGAAUCAGAAGGCUGGGCGAAGAGGACUGGGCAGGAGCACGAGGAAGGGAGAAAAGGAACGGGGCAAGUUCAUCCCCAGAACAUCUAAAGGACAAUCUGACCAAAAUGAAAAUGGAGGGACGAAAAGGAGCAGGGGCGGGAGAGAAGGGGAGAGGGAGAGGAAGCUCCAAGGAGGGGGGAAAGGGGGUUGAAUGGGGGCCGGGGACCCAGGAAGCAGUAGAAGGAAAGGGGCGAGAAGGAGAAAAUCGAGAAGGAAUCGAGAACCAGAGGGGAGGAACAAAGGACAGGCAGGAGGAGGGGCGUUACCACAGGCGAAGGGAAGGAACAAAGGAGGAAGAGGAAGGCAGGAACUCGAGGGAGGAAGGCACGCCAAGGCAAAUCACGAGGGAUCAGGGGGCACCUUAG